UUACACACAGAAAUUCCUAACAUUUCUAAACAAUCAAAUACAGAAGUUCCCAACACUUCUAAAUCAAACACCAAAUUACCGAACGCUUUUAAAUCAAAUACAGAAGUUUUUUACACUUCUAAUAAAUGGAAUACAGAAGUACCGGACACUUCUUGUAACAAAUGGUACGGCCUCGAACAAAGGCGGGGUAGGCCGCGUAAACGUUGGAAAAGUCCCAAUCAUUUAAAAUUAUAUAAUAACGUAGUCACUAAGCUACAAACUGACAAGGAAACAGUGUACUCAUCGAAUGUAAGAGACACCAGUUUCUUGUUGAGCAUAGUGGAAGCUGAGACCUCGAGCGAGAUAACCGGAAUCAGUACCAAACAUCCCCAACUGUUCAAUGCUGAAGACGAGAACUUGGGAUGGUUGGGAAAGAAAAAAUUAGUAGUUUCAAAUGCAGAUAAAUUGGACAUUUUAUUGUACGUAAACGCCAAAUUUAUAUUUGAUGAAUGCUAUCAAAGGUCUCAGGUCCAGACUUUGUACUCAGAUGUACUUAAACAUAAAUGUAGACUAGGAAAGGGGGUGCUGAGAAACACGCUCUCUAACGCAUCAACACAGCCAGACGAGGUCGCCUUCAGGUACGUGGAAGGCCCAGGAUUCAUGGCGGUUGUGGCAGGAGAGGUGAUUUACAUCGUGGACUGCAUUCCAGUGGAAAUCAAGAUCCAGAAAUUUGACGGAUGUUAUAAUCGUAUGUCCAUGUUACGGGGCAAUCAACGACAAUUCUUGACCUCAAGGACACACGUGAUAAUCAACUACGCAACAGAGUUGCCCUGCAACUGUCCGCUUUUACAGCAUUACGAAUUGGGCUCGACUUGGUAUAAAUUUAUGCUAAGGGCCAUUGAGACGUUGUCUACAAACACGUUGGAGCCUAAUACAACGAUGACAUGGAGAGAUCAAGGACCCACCAACCUAGCAACUGGUGGGAUAGAUGAAGUGGUUAUGGUAACCAUGGUACAACAAAUCAUCAAUGGUAAUCGAGGGUCAUCUUCUUCAAUCAACACCCUCAGCAAGGAAAUAUUAGAACAUCUGGUCAAAAUUGCAAGGUCCACAACCUGGGAAAAGUUCAUUGGAUUCGACACAUGGUGGGUCGGUAUUAUUGAGAUCGUCAUGCUUCUUCGAACGAUCCAGUUGAUAGCAGACACCGUAAUCCGCGGAUAUGCUCUGUACUCAGUCUACGGGAAGUCAUUGAGCCUCGCAGGAGUUUUCGGGGACUCGCUGAUCUACCUGUUACACGUAGGUAGGCAGAGAGAGGCCGAACUGAACGUGUCUCCACAAGUUCCAGUAAAGAAGAUGGAAAAGGGGGACAAAUUGAUACCACCGGCACCCAAGAUCUAUCCGAUCUUGCACAAAGCCGCCAUGACCUGAUCAACAACUCCGGAAGUCACCGUCGACACACCAACCUAUCAUCAAGCAACAGAAAUCAACAGGACAGGAGCCUUCGUUUAGAGAUAGCGUGUCAGCAUUUUCCAUAAGCCGUUGCUGAAAUAUCAUGAUUGAGCUAACCUGCCUUUAAAUUAUGGCGCUCCGUG